CUUCCGGUUGAAUCCGGGUCUUCAGACAGUUUGUGUAGAAUUUCUGAAAUUGUGAAAGCUAAAAAAUGCUGGCACUCACUUCAUCUCCUACCUUCUGCCAAUUCCCUCCACGCCAAACAAUUGGAUUUAGGGUUUCAACCUUCGUCAAAGCCUUCUCCACCACCUCUUCCGCUGACGGUGUAAGAACCAACUAUGAAGGAGUUAAAUUGGAGGAGAAAGUGACGGUCGAAGGCGUCGCUAAAACUAGGCUUGACGCUUGGAUUUCUUCCAAAAUUAAUGGAAUUAGCAGAGCUAGGGUUCAAUCCAGUAUUCGCGCUGGCCUUGUCUGCGUUAAUGGCCGCGUUGUCGAUAAGGUAUCAUAUGGUGUUAGAACAGGGGAUGAAAUAAACUGCACUAUAGCAAAACUGCAACCAUUGAGGGCUGAUGCAGAGGAUAUACCUUUGGACAUUACAUAUGAGGAUGAUCAUGUUUUAGUUGUGAAUAAACCUCCACAUAUGGUUGUCCAUCCUGCACCUGGAAAUCCAAGGGGCACUCUUGUUAAUGCAAUUUUGAACCAUUGCAGUCUCCCCAAUGUUGCAUUAACUGAUGUUGGGUGGCUAUCUGAGGCAGAUGACGUGUCUGAGGAUGAUCUCAAUAUAGACAUCCAUCCUACAGAUCAAACUACUUGUGAAGAUGCAUCCUGUUCAAUUCGCCCUGGGAUAGUGCACAGGCUAGACAAAGGCACUAGUGGAUUGCUGGUUGUUGCUAAGGAUGAACAUUCUCAUGCUCAUUUGGCAGAGCAAUUUAAGGCCCAUACAGUGACCAGAGUUUACUUGAGUGUCACUUCCGGGGUGCCUACCUAUGCUUCUGGCCGCGUUGAGGUUCCAAUUGGUCGUGAUCUAAAUAAUCGAAUUCGGAUGACUGCUGUUACUGGACAUAAAUCCGGACCUGCGAGACAUGCUGCAAGUAGGUACAAAGUACUUGAAGUAUUAGCUAAUGGAGGCGCAGCAUUAGUUGAAUGGAGAUUGGAAACUGGACGUACACAUCAGAUUCGGGUGCAUGCAAAGUACAUGGGCAUUCCAUUACUGGGAGAUGAAUUGUAUGGUGGGACCAAGGAUAUGGCCUUAUCGUUGCUUCGACCAAGAACCCCAUCCACAUGUUAUUUACAGCUCAGUGAUCUGGUUUCCAGCAUAGAAAGGCCCUGCCUCCAUGCUAUGGUUCUUGGGUUUAAGCAUCCGUGUACUGGCAAAUACAUGCAUUUUUCAUGCCCUCCACCUGCUGAUCUUGCUGAAAUAUUGAGUCAGCUACGCAAUAUCUCAAAAUAAAUUGGUGCUUAAAUUCUGCGGAUACCACAUGUUCUUGUCAAGGUCCACUGAGUGGUGCUUCAACACUUCCUUUCAAGGGACAGCAAGCAAAUAGCGCUCUGGAUGUUUGCAAGGACCAAGUUCUGUAGGUGCUGAUUGUAGGAAGAGACUAUCAUGGUUCAGCAAGUCCAGUCUAAAGCCAACGUUCACUUCACAUAUGCUAGACACAACGGGGAGGAUAAGAUGAGUAAUUCCACUAUAUUUUGCGGAGAUUUUGCUAUGAUAUGCCCUGUGAAGGAAGCUCUUACAGUGAUAGUUAAUCACACUUGUAUAGAUGGUUUUCAUGUCACCUUAAUACAAUUAGCUUUUGUUACUCUACUUUUGCAUCUUCUCUUCUAUUUCAAAUUAUUAUCAAACAAAUUAUGGAAGUAUGAAAAGGGACUUGGAAGUCUCAGUAAAAUUUUCCAAAUACUUUGUAUUACAAAAUAAUUCUGUAUAUGUAUACUUUAAAUAAAUGGUACAGGGUCAUAGCAUCUGCAUAUAGGUUUUACAUUUGAGUUGAUUCUUAUGGAAGGGAACAGUUGGAUUGUUCUAAAGGAAUUCCCUAUAUGAGCUCCCUCUAAGUUUUGUACUCGAAUUCAAUUUUCAUUUGCAAUUUACGC